AUGUCAAUUGGGGCUAAUGCCGUUAUGAGAGUGCAAAACGCCGGUUCGGCUAAACUUAUCAAGUUUGUGCCGCACUUUGUGUCAUUGCGAUUAAGUUGGGCUCAUAAUGAUUUGAAAGCAGAAGGCCUGGAGAAGUUCAUGGAAGAAUAUCUACCAGUUAUCAGAGAAAAUAAUCCACAAAUCAAGUAUUUCCUUCAUCGAACAUAUACAGUUUGUGAUCCAUUUGUUGUCGGCGAGUAUGCUUGGCUUCGACACCGAAAGAAGCGCGUCAAUUGGAAGUCGAAAGAGCAGAUUCUGUCGAUUGUUGAGGAAAUGUCGAUUGGCGGCGAUUAUCGUGAAGGUUAUAAACGCGGAGUGAAUCGAAGACUUCCGCGUGGUCAAGAACUUUGGGAUACGGAAACAAUGGGACAUGAUAUUUUCCAGGUGUACAGCAAAUGGAAAGCAGAUCCAUUAGACGACGACGAAUUGCCGGUUACAUCGAAGACGCAUCCUCAUUUUACGUUUAGGAAAUAUUAA